UGUGCUUUGAGACAGUGUAGAGUAGUGCGGAGUUUAACGCCUGCCGCUGCGUCAGAAUGCAGCCGUUGAUAUCAGCGCCAUGGCGUUGGCGCUACCUUCGUCUGAGCCUUUGUCUCGCCAUGCUCGACAUGCAGCUACGAUAUGCGUUGGCGCUGCCCGACGUCAUUAAAAUUGGUGGCCUAUUUCAUCCCACCGAUGACACACAGGAACUGGCGUUCCGUCAGGCUGUCGAGCACAUCAACUCUGAUCGAUUAAUAUUGCCGCGUUCCAAGUUGGUGGCGCAAAUCGAGCGUAUCUCGCCGUUUGAUAGCUUCCAUGCGGGCAAAAGGGUUUGCGGUUUGCUGAACAUUGGUGUGGCAGCUAUAUUCGGGCCGCAAUCUUCCAACACAGCGAGCCAUGUGCAAAGUAUCUGCGACAAUAUGGAGAUACCUCACUUGGAGAAUCGUUGGGAUUACCGGUUGCGACGUGAAAGUUGCCUAGUGAACUUAUAUCCGCAUCCAAACACACUAGCUAAGGCUUAUGUGGAUAUCGUCAAGUAUUGGGAAUGGAAAACCUUCACGAUUAUCUACGAGAACAAUGAUGGUAUUGUACGGUUACAGGAGUUACUCAAGGCUCAUGAUAACUCACCGUAUCCGAUUACAGUACGACAAUUGAGUUAUUCGGGGGAUUACAGACCACUGCUCAAACAAAUCAAAAACUCCGCCGAAGCGCACAUCGUACUCGACUGUUCCACCGAUAAAAUUUACGAAGUACUCAAACAAGCCCAACAAAUUGGCAUGAUGAGCGACUAUCAUAGCUAUCUGAUUACCUCACUUGAUCUGCAUACCAUCAACCUAGACGAAUUCCGUUAUGGUGGUACGAACAUAACCGGCUUUCGUCUGAUUAACGAGAAGGUUGUCUCGGAUGUGGUGCGUCAGUGGAGUUUUGACGAUAAAGGCUUACAACGAUCGGCGAAUUUGAGUACGGUGCGAGCGGAGACUGCGCUCAUGUAUGAUGCGGUACAUCUGUUCUCAAAAGCACUACACGAUUUGGACACUUCCCAGCAAAUAGAUAUACAUCCAAUCAGCUGUGAUGGACAGAAUACGUGGCAGCAUGGUUUUAGUCUAAUCAACUAUAUGAAGAUUGUCGAAAUGAAGGGUCUAACAAAUGUGAUAAAAUUUGAUCAUCAAGGCUUUCGCACCGAUUUCGUGUUGGAUAUUAUCGAGUUAGGGCCGACGGGUAUACGCAAAAUUGGCACGUGGAACUCAACAUUACCGGAGGGUAUCAACUUUACGCGUACCUACAGCCAAAAACAGCGCGAAAUUGAAGCGAACUUGAAGAACAAAACGCUUACGAUCACAACAAUAUUGAGCAAUCCGUAUUGCAUGCGCAAAGAAUCGGCAGUACCACUCUCGGGCAAUGAUCAGUUCGAGGGUUACGUUGUUGAUCUCAUACAUGAAAUCUCAAAGGCUUUGGGAUUCAAUUACAAGAUACGACUGGUACCGGACGGCAACUAUGGAAGUUUUAACAAGCAAAAUGGCGAAUGGAACGGCAUGAUACGCGAGCUGUUGGAGCAACGCGCCGAUCUUGCCGUUGCCGAUCUGACAAUCACCUUUGAGCGCGAACAAGCGGUAGACUUCACCAUGCCCUUCAUGAACUUGGGUGUCUCAGUGCUUUAUCGUAAGCCCGUGAAGCAGCCGCCGAAUUUAUUUUCAUUCCUUUCGCCGCUUUCACUGGAUGUUUGGAUUUAUAUGGCCACAGCUUAUUUGGGCGUAUCAGUACUGCUAUUCAUUUUGGCGCGGUAAUUUUAAAAGGAAGUGUUGAUUUCUUCUCUUCAUAUUCAGAAAUGUUUAUUUUUCAGCUUCACACCCUACGAAUGGCCUGCAUAUGCUGAUGCGCACGGCGAAAAAAUCGAGAGCCAAUUUACUCUCAUGAAUUGCAUGUGGUUUGCCAUUGGUUCGUUAAUGCAGCAGGGCUGUGACUUUUUGCCCAAAGCUUUGUCAACACGCAUGGUGGCUGGCAUAUGGUGGUUCUUCACUUUGAUCAUGAUCUCCUCGUACACCGCCAAUUUGGCUGCUUUUCUCACUGUGGAACGUAUGGACUCGCCCAUCGAGAGUGCUGAAGAUCUGGCCAAACAGACGCGAAUUAAAUAUGGUGCUUUGAAGGGUGGCAGCACGGCAGCAUUCUUCAGAGAAUCGAAAAUCUCAACAUAUCAACGUAUGUGGUCUUUUAUGGAGUCCGCACGGCCUUCUGUAUUCACUUCAACCAAUGCUGAGGGUGUGGAUCGGGUGGCUAAGGGUAAAGGUUCAUAUGCCUUUCUCAUGGAGUCCACAUCCAUUGAAUAUGUGACCGAACGUAAUUGUGAACUGACACAAGUGGGCGGCAUGCUGGACACCAAAGGCUAUGGCAUUGCAGCGCCACCCAAUUCCCCUUAUCGCACCGCCAUCAACGGUGUCAUACUCAAGCUGCAGGAGGAAGGCAAAUUGCAUAUACUGAAAACGAAGUGGUGGAAGGAGAAACGUGGCGGUGGCAGUUGUCGCGUAGAGACAUCGAAAUCCUCAUCUGCGGCGAAUGAGUUGGGUUUGGCGAACGUGGGUGGGGUGUUCGUAGUGCUAAUGGGCGGCAUGGGCGUGGCGUGUGUAAUUGCUGUGUGUGAAUUUGUGUGGAAAUCGCGAAAGGUCGCUGUCGAAGAGCGGCUAAGUGCAAUUUUGCAUGAAUGAGAAUAGGCAUAGUAAAUCCAAGAUGAAUGGGUUUAAGCUAAGCAAAGCACACAGAGAAAAUACCAUGGGAAUAGCAGAGAAAAAUUAGUAUAAGAAAAAGCAUAACUGGAAAAGUAAGAAAGGAAGGAGUAAAAAAAACAUAGGAAAAAUCAUUAAGAUUGAUAGCGAAAUCGGCAUACAAUUACUUACGAAGGAAAUUAAAUUCUUCUUCUAGUACAUUUAUAGUGAUUUUUAAUAUAGGAAUACGCGGUGCAUGCAGACAUCAUUUAUAAUUUUACAUCCAUACGUACAUACUUAGAUAAUUAAUGACGGAAGCAGUGUUUCAUAUGAGCAUUUAGUAUUAGUGCUACGUAGUUAGCAACACGCAUUUUAUGUACAUAUAUGUGCAUACAUUAGGGUGGUUGCAUUUUUUUCAAUUUCGACUCAAAGGCAAUUUUCAUCUUUUCCAAAUUUUAAAAGAGACUGUCUUGAAUUCAUACGAAGAUUAGCCUUUUGAACUCGAGGCCUUUCUCGCUUGCGCGAACCAGCAACUCAACACGAUUUCCAAAAUAGGUAUAAUCGUACAUUUUA